AUGCUCCAGCCAAUCAGAGACAGAGAGCGGGGAGGGGGGCGGGUGUUACGUAGUGACGCAGUCGGAGGGACCAACGGAUACCCGGUGGAGGACCGGAGAGUGAAGGCGGAAGCAGAUCUGCCCGACAGACUGUUUAUUUUCUUUCUGUUGACUCAGGAUAAAUAUUUCCGUCUGGAGAACAUCAACACGCCGAGGAUCCUGGUUAAAAGCAUCAUAGACUACGAUGUGGUGCAGAAGAUCUCUCUGGUUUUACACGUGCAGGACACGUUCGAUGCUUCGGCCUCCAACGAGCCCUUCUUCACCUCCGUGGCGUCCAUCACCGUGCACGUGAGAGACGUAGACAACCGUCCUCCGUGGUUUCAGCCGUGCACGAGGACCAACUUAGGAAUCGCCAAACUGUGUGUGAGCGGCGGCUACAGAGGGAAAGUCAACCUGACGGAGAAAGAGGAAGGGCCGCUGGUGCUGGAGCCCGGUCCCGUGUUCGCCAGAGACGGAGACAAGAACCGGAGCGAGCAGAUCAGCUACAGGAUACUCCGAGGGAAACGAGGGAAAAUCUUCCAGAUUGAUGAAGAAAGAAACAUCAGCAUGGCUAAAGCUGCUGAUAUCGUCGGGCCGAUCUCUCUCACUGUCCUGGCGUCUCAGGUGACGAACAGAGAUCAGUUUGCGGUGACGCAGGUGACGGUGGAGGUGAUGAAGAAGAGCAGGAACCCUCCUCGCUUCGAGAAGGAGCGAUACGAAGGAUUCAUCUACAGCAACUCGGUCCCUGAGAGCAUGAUCCUCCGAGACCGAGGCACCAACCGGCCCUUUAGAGCCCGAGCCCGGGACGAGGACUUCGCCAGCGGUUUGAAUCCAGAUAUAAAGUACGAGGUUCAGUACAGCAGCUACGUCAACGUGACCUCAGACGGUUUUGUGAUCCUGAAGAGAGUCGUGAAGACCGAGUCCUUCGCGCUUCAGCUCAGAGCGGUGGACUCAACGACGGGGGAGUUUGGUACGGCAGCUCUGUCUGUUCAAGUCAUCCCUGCGGUCGCCAUCCCGUCGCCGUCAAACAUCGGUUACCGUGCGGGGGACAUGGCGCUGCUCGGGUUGGUCAUGGCGGCUCUGCUGGUCCUCUGCCUCAUCGUCAUCGGCUUCCUGGUUUCCCGCCUGUGGAAAGGAAACGCCAGCAUGGACAAAAUAUGUGAGUGUUUGGGCCCGUGUCUGAGGUCCGACCAGCCUCGCUCCGGUCACCGUGACUCUCUUCAGUACACCAACGACGGCUUCCAGAACGAGGCCGACCUGAGCCGCGGAGGAUCCGGCCGCUGGAACAAAGCCAUCCCAAGACGGAGCACCUUCCCCCAGGCUCGGAGCCGGGUCAUCCCCCUGGAGAGGAGGAACCGCCACUGCUCCUCCUGCGGCGUCUUCGCCACCAACCACGUGCCCAAGGGAAGCCCCUCGGUGAAGCCCUCCAGGAGAGGCAGAGGAGACGGAGACGAGUACGACAUGAGGUCCAUCCUGACCCGGCAGAAGAGGAAAGAGGGGCAGAAGACGGUGUGGUUCAAGGAGAGCGAGGACUCGUCGGACAUCGAGGUGGAGAUUAUCCCAGACACUGUGGGCCGGGUGGAGGAGGAGACUGAGGAGGAGAUGGAGGUGGAGAUGGACGGAGUUGUGAGAGACCCGGCCGCCCCGCAGAGAGAGUCGGACGGCGGCGGGGGGCAGCAGCAGGAGGAGCCGAGCGAGGAGCAGGAGCGAGGAAGCUCAGAUAAAGAGAGGAGGAGCGAGGAGCAGGAGCGCUGA